AACAGAGAUAAAAGAAAACCUCAUACUUUACAACCACUAUAUAUAGACAUACAAUCAUUACUACACCACAGUUAUUGAAAAUAAAAAUAUCAAACAGAAAACAUUGAUCAUGGGGAAGUUAUCAUGUUCUUAUUUUCUUGUAUUCACGAUUAUAUUUUCAGCGUGUUUAAUGGUUGAAAGAGCUGAAGGAAAAUAUUGUGAAAUAACCAUUGACAAAGAACAAACAUGCAUCCACUCCUUAUGCGUUCAAGACUGCUACGCGCUUUACAAUGGUGUUGCACAUUGUGUGGACGAUCCUGAAGUUCCCGGAUCUAAUCUUAACUGCCGUUGUAAAUAUAACUGUUAAAGGGAUGACUUUUGAAGAUAUGCGAUACAUAUAUUAAAUAAAUGUAAGGUUUCUUUAAUCGGAAUAAACAUUAUGGAAAUUUUAAUUAAUA